AUGGCUGGCGCGGACGAGACUCUCGCGGCCGCGACGGCUGUCCUGCAGAAUCUGGCGAGAGAGGAGCCAACCCCCGGCUCUUCAUCGCCCCCAUUCAACUUUCAACUCCCUACUGCCAACGGUACAAAAUCAGCCAAGCUUCCCGGAGAACCCAGUCCCGCAAAGGCCGCCUUCGAAGCCGAGCUGGAGGCCUUGGUGCGCCGCGUGCACCAUCUGGAAUUCCAAGCUGUCAGUCACCACCAGUUCCCCGACCACCCCCAGCAGACCACCCUGUCUGCUGUCGGAUCCAACGAGAAGGACCCUGAUUUCUUGUGGACCUUUGGGCUCUCUCGCUUGUCGUCCGGUCAAGGUUCUGACUCUUCUUAUUGCCUCACACAGCAGCAAAAAUUGAAUCAACCCGAUCGGCGACAGCAGACCCCCUCGGGCUCGAAUGAACCCCACCCCGCAGGAGACAUUGACGAGGACGAAACCGACGAUGAAGAGGAGGGUGGGUCCCGCACCCGCGUCGUGCGCGAGGAGGACAUCAGUUACCUCCGCAAUCAUGUACAGAAGCAGGCCGAGGAGAUCAGUUUUCAGAAGGACAUCAUCGCCCAGGUCCGCGAUGAAUUGCAAAAACAGGAAGAGCACACUCGCCGUGCUCUCACCAAGGUCGAAAACGAGGAUGUUGUCCUUCUCGAACGCGAAUUACGCAAGCACCAGCAGGCCAACGAGGCUUUCCAAAAAGCUCUACGGGAAAUCGGCGGAAUCAUCACCCAGGUUGCUAAUGGUGACCUGUCCAUGAAAGUCCAAAUUCACCCCCUGGAGAUGGACCCCGAAAUCGCCACUUUCAAACGCACGAUCAACACCAUGAUGGACCAACUGCAAGUUUUCGGUAGCGAGGUAUCUCGUGUCGCUCGCGAGGUCGGUACUGAGGGAAUACUCGGAGGGCAGGCUCAGAUCACCGGUGUCCAUGGUAUCUGGAAGGAACUUACGGAAAACGUGAAUAUUAUGGCCAAGAACCUGACGGAUCAAGUGCGAGAGAUUGCGGCCGUUACCACGGCCGUGGCGCACGGAGAUCUCAGCCAAAAGAUUGAGAGCCGUGCCCAGGGUGAAAUCUUGGAACUGCAACAGACGAUCAACACCAUGGUGGACCAACUCCGGACAUUUGCAACAGAAGUAACACGAGUCGCGCGUGAUGUCGGUACGGAAGGUGUACUCGGCGGACAAGCCCAAAUCGAGGGUGUCCAGGGCAUGUGGAACGAACUGACGGUUAAUGUCAACGCAAUGGCCAACAAUCUAACCACCCAGGUGCGAGAUAUCGCUACGGUCACGAAGGCUGUAGCAAAGGGUGAUCUGACGCAGAAAGUGCAAGCCAACUGCAGGGGAGAAAUUGCAGAGCUGAAGAACAUUAUCAAUUCCAUGGUGGACCAACUACGGCAAUUCGCACAGGAAGUGACCAAGAUUGCUAAAGAGGUCGGUACCGACGGUGUCCUGGGAGGCCAGGCCACGGUAAAUGAUGUUGAGGGCACUUGGAAGGAUCUGACUGAGAAUGUGAACCGGAUGGCCAACAACCUGACCACCCAGGUGCGUGAGAUCGCUGAUGUCACCACCGCUGUCGCCAAGGGUGAUUUGACCAAGAAGGUCACCGCCAACGUCCAGGGUGAAAUCUUGGACCUCAAGAGCACUAUCAACGGCAUGGUGGACCGGCUGAAUACCUUCGCCUUUGAAGUCAGUAAGGUGGCCCGUGAAGUCGGCACAGACGGAACGCUGGGAGGUCAAGCGAAGGUGGACAACGUUGAAGGAAAAUGGAAGGAUUUAACCGACAAUGUGAACACCAUGGCGCAAAAUUUGACGUCUCAGGUGCGGAGUAUCUCCGAUGUCACCCAGGCCAUUGCCAAGGGUGACCUCAGCAAGAAGAUUGAGGUGCAUGCCCAGGGAGAGAUCUUGACGCUCAAGGUGACCAUCAAUCACAUGGUUGGUCGACUGGCCAAGUUUGCCAUGGAACUGAAGAAGGUCGCCCGCGAUGUCGGCGUCGAUGGCAAAAUGGGUGGACAAGCCAACGUGGAAGGCAUUGCAGGGACAUGGAAGGAGAUCACCGAGGACGUGAACACCAUGGCCGAAAACUUAACGUCCCAAGUCCGUGCAUUUGGCGAAAUCACGGAUGCCGCCACCGACGGAGAUUUCACCAAACUCAUUACGGUCAACGCGUCUGGUGAGAUGGACGAGUUAAAACGCAAGAUCAACAAAAUGGUGUCGAACCUGAGAGACAGUAUUCAACGAAACACUGCUGCCAGGGAAGCCGCCGAACUUGCUAACCGCACCAAAUCCGAGUUCCUGGCCAAUAUGUCCCACGAGAUCCGAACCCCAAUGAACGGUAUCAUCGGAAUGACGCAAUUGACGUUGGAUACGGAUGAUCUGAAGCCAUACACCCGAGAAAUGCUGAACGUUGUGCACAACCUGGCAAACAGCUUGUUGACGAUCAUCGACGACAUUCUUGAUAUCUCCAAGAUCGAGGCGAACCGUAUGGUGAUCGAGAGCAUCCCAUUUACAGUCCGGGGCACCGUCUUCAAUGCUCUCAAGACAUUGGCCGUGAAGGCGAAUGAGAAGUUCCUCAGCCUGACCUACCAGGUGGACAACACCGUUCCGGACUAUGUCAUUGGCGAUCCAUUCCGUCUACGCCAGAUCAUCCUCAACUUGGUCGGCAACGCCAUCAAGUUCACGGAACAUGGUGAGGUUAAACUCACUAUUCGCAAGUCCGAUCGGGAGCAAUGCACGACCAACGAGUACGCCUUUGAGUUUUCCGUCUCUGACACCGGUAUUGGAAUUGAGGAAGAUAAGCUCGAUUUGAUCUUCGACACUUUCCAGCAAGCCGAUGGCUCAACCACCCGUAGGUUUGGUGGCACGGGAUUGGGUCUUUCGAUUUCUAAGCGCCUUGUGAACCUGAUGGGUGGUGAUGUCUGGGUUACCUCUGAAUAUGGCCACGGAAGCACAUUCCACUUCACCUGUGUGGUAAAGCUUGCGGAUCAAUCCUUGAAGGUCAUUUCCUCUCAGCUAUUGCCCUACAGGAACCAUAGGGUGCUGUUCAUCGACAAGGGCCAGAACGGGGUUCAAGCAUCCAAUGUGAUGAAGAUGCUCAAGAAGAUUGAGCUCGAGCCGCUGGUGGUGCGCAACGAAGAGCAUGUCCCACCACCUGAAAUCCAAGAUCCAUCAGGAAAGGAGUCGGGUCACGCAUACGAUGUCAUUAUCGUGGACUCGGUCGACACGGCUCGGAUCCUGCGAACAUUUGACGAAUUCAAGUACAUCCCCAUCGUGCUCGUCUGUCCUCUGGUCUGCGUGAGCUUGAAAUCAGCUCUGGAUCUCGGUAUCAGCUCGUACAUGACUACACCAUGCCAGCCAAUCGAUCUCGGUAACGGUAUGCUUCCGGCCUUAGAAGGUCGUUCGACACCCAUCACCACCGACAACUCCCGUUCCUUCGACAUUCUUCUUGCAGAGGAUAACGACGUCAACCAACAGCUGGCGAUGAAGAUUCUCCAGAAGCACAACCACAACGUCUUUGUUGUCGGCAAUGGCCUGGAGGCCUUGGAAGCAGUGAAGAAACGCCGCUACGAUGUGAUUCUGAUGGACGUUCAAAUGCCGGUCAUGGGUGGAUUUGAAGCCACGGGCAAGAUUCGCGAGUAUGAGCGCGAGAGCGGCCUCCAGCGAACACCAAUAAUUGCGCUUACGGCUCACGCCAUGCUGGGUGACCGUGAGAAGUGUAUCCAGGCUCAGAUGGACGAAUAUCUGUCCAAGCCACUGAAGCAGAACCAGAUGAUGCAGACCAUCCUGAAAUGCGCGACUCUUGGUGGCUCACUGCUGGAGAAGAGCAAGGAGUCGAGGAUUUCGAGUAGCGGGGAAAUGCACCCCAUCCACUCCUCUGUCUCCUCUGAUAACCAGAACCAGCAGCAGCGACCCCAAAAGCAGCAGCAGCCGCUGCCCACACCGCCGCGGCCUGGCAUGGAUACCCGGGCCAUCACCACUUCGGGACCCAUUGGCCGUGGCAGUGUCGUCAGUCCCGCAGAAGACAAGGACGAGGAGAUGAUUGACGACCGGUCUCUGCUGCGAUCCAACAGCACCUGA